AUAAUAAUAAACACAAAAAACGCAGUGCUUACCGAUUGCCAAAAUUUUUGGCGACUUGAUCAUUAUAACUUUCCUGAAAAGUAAAUUUUUCAUCAAAUCCCUAUCUGAUCUAGGAGAAUUACGCAAUGGUGUCGAUUGUUCCGUCACGGUUUGCUGGUUUACGAAUAGAAGAUGAUGACGAAGAUUACGUGAAACCUAUUCAGAAGCAGAAAAAUGCGUCUAACCAGAAGACAAAUGGAAGCCAUCCGAAACAGGGUGGUAAUCACCAAGGUCAGCAAAACAACCAAAAGAAAACGAAAAAGCCUAAGAAACCUAUUAACGCAGCUGCACAAUCUGAGCAAUGGAACAAAUGGCAAGAAAAAGACACACAAAUAGUUGACAAUCAUUUCGAAAAAGACUUAGAACAAGCGCUUUUGCUAUCUAAGCUGGAUUUCGAGGCGAACAAAACAAAAUAUGAAAAGUGUGAACAGGAAGCGAAACAAACUUCCAAAUCAAAAAAGUCUCGCACAUUAUCGUUGCAACAAUUCCAGACGAAAGUAGAUAAAGAUACUGUUGAAAAAGAAGUACAAAGGCAGCGGAAAACCGAUGAAAUCGAGUACAAUCGAAAGUUCACCUUCUUUGAACAAAUUGAUCGUGAGACUAAGCAAAUUAUACAGAAGGAGCAGUACAAAGCAUUGGUUGCCAAUCGAGAAUAUGGCGCUGAAGAUUCAAUUUCUGAAGAUACCGACAAAACAGAAGCGCUCCCACAGGAAGUCACCGAACUAGACCUCCUGAAAGCCGAAAAUUCCACUCUCAAAGCUGAGCUGGAGGCGCUGCGGACAAAGUACAAGAAAAUUUACUCAAUUUUAAAAAGUGGCGAAAUGAAAGACAAAACCGAAUUGUUGAUCGAGAUUGAAAGGCUGAAGAAGACUCGGGAGGAUAUGACCACCGAAAUGACGGCACUAUAUGCACAGUUGGAGCAGGAAAAGUCCAAACUGACGUCAACGGGUCACGAAAAAGGCAAGGAAAAAAGCUCCGGGCGGAAGUCGGUCCGGUUCGAUGCUUCGACGGAAGUGCAUAAUGGCAGAGGUGGCGAAUGAACUGAGACUGAUUAUCAAUUGAAAUUAGAAGUGUUCCUUUUUAUCUUAAUUUUUUUAGACCGAGAAACGAAUUUAAUCCAUCGGUAUUACAAAUUUCCAUGAAUUUUAGAAUUAGUAGGAAGUAGUCGACCCUAAGGCAAAUAGAAUAAAAGAAUGCAAUCUCGGAA